CAGAAAAUUGACACCCCGUGGUAGGGUUUACGUUGCACGAAAAAACCUCUGGGGCAUAUUUUCUAUAGCUAUAUGUGUACAUGCUCCUCCCCACUUGAUGACCUGAUGCUCCUUUCACGCCGACGACGAGGAGGUGAACUACACGACUACACUCAUGGACUCGUGUAAUUUUAGUCGUUCCGAUGGUUUCGUUGACAUGAAUUGAAUGUUUUUUGAGGUUAUGAUUCACGUGUUUUUCGAAUAACCACUGCGGAGAACUGGUGGAGAGAAAAUUGAUUGAUAUAUUAGUAAUCGAGUUGAAAAAUGGAGGACGGAGAAAUAUCUUUGGAAGAAGAUAAAGAUCAGAGUGAAAUACGUCAAGAACUGUCACGCAUGAGUUUUCAAGAUCUUGAAAAGUUGAAAGAGAAACUGGGCUCCAAAGUUUAUAACGAAGCAAUGUUUGGCAAAAAAAGGAUAGCGAAGGAACUAUACAAGCGAGAAAACAAAAACAGGCCACGUGAAAUGUCUUCCAAAAAGCCAGUUUCAAGGUUCUACGAAAUUUCAACAACAAAAAAGAAUAUACCCCGUGAUCCAAGGUUUGAUGGUUUAUGCGGUACAUUCAACGAAAAAGCUUUUAAAAAUGCGUAUAGCUUUGUCAGUGAACUCAAGGAGCGAGACCUCAAAGCUCUGAGGAAGCAAUUGAACGACACCCAAGAUCCUAAAGAGAUCAAAAAGAUUAAGUACUUGAUACAGAGACUGGAAAAUCAAUUGAGAGAAGAGAAGAAGUGUAAGGAGCUGAAGAAAAAGGACAUUGAGGAAAAACAAGAAAUUUCUGAAGCUAUAAAGCAAGGAGAAAAACCUGUAUUUAAAAAGAAAUCCGAGAAGAAGAUACUGAAUUUGGUAUCGCAGUACGAAGAUCUGAAGAAUUCUGGCAAACUGAAGAAACAUAUACAGCGAUUACGGAAAAAAAAUAUGAAGAGAGACCGGAAGAAAUUUGCUGUUACAGAUAUGUAAAUAUGAAAUGUAAAAUUUUUUAUGUCCAUUAAUAAAAAUAUUUUGUUGAUAUUA